UUUCAGUUUUUCGCAUGUUUAUUACAGUCUGACGUUAAGCCGGUGCGGUAGUGCAAUAACAUUGUCAUGACAAUAGCUCUUGCGGUUAUCUAAUGGGGACUUUGCGGUUCGAUGUUCUUGUUGUGACCUGAAAAGUCGGCGCCUGGAGUCUGAGAAAGAAACUCAAAGAAAUUAUUGUCAAAAUAGGGGUAGUUUUGUUCAAAAUUGGAUCGGAUCAAGUAGAUAGCAGUUUGGACUAAAUAAAGCCUCGUAUAUGUAAGAUAACCAAAUAUUUACGACCAAACACUUAUCCAAAUUUCUUGACGGAAAGGCAAUGUCAACAUCUUCUAACUGAAAGUUGUAUUGUAUCGUUCUGGGUAAUAGCUCAGAAAAAACAGUGCCCGCCAUCCGCCUGCACAAGACAAGGAAAUCCACCGAGAGACUAGAUUCUUUCAUCCCUUUUAUGCCUCGUGAUAACUAUUUCAUGUAACUGAUACUGCAAAAUACAUUGUCAAAACAUGCAGCCAGCCAGACACCUCCUUCUACUAGCGUCAGCUUUUGUAAUCUAUGGAGUAACCCAUGGUUGUAAUGUUAACUGCGAUUACCUAGGAUGCGACGACCUUACUGGUGAAUGUAUUUCUUGUACAGACGGCUACUGGAACACGACAUGUGAUCAAGCCUGCCCCUUUGGAUGUUUGACAUGCAACAGAACAACCGGUGAUUGUAAUGAAUGCAACUUUGGUAUGUGGGGACCAAAUUGUACUAAUUGUACAGAUGAAAACUGCUUUGAAUGCGAACAUACAACAGGCAGCUGUAGAGUUUGCCAAGACGGUCACCAUGGUGUUAACUGCACAGAGACUUGUAUAGAACACUGUUUUACAUGUGAUAAGGAUGACGGUAAUUGCACGCUCUGUGAGUCUGGAUUUUGGGGAGACAAUUGCUCAGAAAAUUGUGAAGAAAACUGUGAAUCAGACCAAUGUAAUAUGUUCGACGGGUCUUGCUACGAAUGUAUCGACGGAUUCUGGGGAAGCAAUUGCACGAUCCCGUGUAAUAUGUCAAACUGCAGUAAUUACACGUGUACACAGUACGAAGGAAGAGAAUGUUUUUCAUGUCAUUUAGGAUACUGGGGUGAAGGUUGCAACGAAACUUGUGACACGGCUUGUCAGGACGGAUGCACACAAUUUGAGGGCUUUUGCAACUUCUGCAAAGAAGGAUCAUGGGGUGACAUGUGUGAAAAUGUGUGCCCUAAAGAGUGUGUAUUUGCUAAUUGUUCAAGAGAAACAGGUGAAUGUGGCGUAUGUCUUCCUGGUUUCUGGGGAAUGCACUGUAAUGAGACAUGCAAAAGCACAUGUAAAGGAGAAUGUGAGCAAAUGAGCGGCCACUGUAUUGCUUGUUCACAAGGAAGUUGGGGAACAUUAUGCAAUAACACAUGUGCUGGUCAUUGCAUGUGCAAUCGAGAAUUUGGGGUUUGUGAAGAGUGUUUUGAGGGCUUUUGGGAUUCUAAUUGUAGUUCUGCUUGUGAUUAUGAAUGUGGAAGAAGUGGUUGCCUCCGGCACUCUGGCCACUGUAUAGAUUGUAAGACUGGCCUGUAUGGAAUCCAUUGUCAAAACAGUUGCGAUGCUAAGUGUCUUGCUGGGUGCAAUCGGAUCACAGGUGUUUGCGAUAUGUGUCCAGCUGGACACUGGGGAAGUUUAUGUGACAAAAGUUGCUCUCUUAACUGCAGUCAAUCUUGUGAUCAAGAAACUGGUAACUGUGAUGUUUGUAGAAGUGGUACUUGGGGAACAGACUGUGAUCGUGUUUGUCAGGGAUGUGAAUGCGAUAAAAAUACUGGUACUUGUAUGAAAUGUGAAACUGGAUACUGGGGUAUCGGAUGUUGGGAAAAAUGCGGACAAUAUUGUGAUGAAUGUGAUAUAAACAAUGGGAAAUGCAGAAAGUGCAGUACUGGAUUGUGGGGAGAAACUUGUGAAAGCGUUUGUCCAGAUAAUUGUCAAAAUGGAUGUGAUAUGUUUGGAAAGUGUUCAAGUUGCACUGAAGGGUUCUGGUGGGAUGACUGUUCUGAAGUUUGUUUGGAAGGAUGCAGAGCCUGUGAUUUAUAUAAUGGUAACUGCAUCAAAUGCAUGGAAGGUAUGUGGGGUGAAGACUGUUCAGGAAAAUGUUUAUUCUCAGGUGAUGCUCUUUCAAAUUGUGUUCAGACCGAGUGUGAUAUGGACAAAGGUAUUAUAUGUACAAAAUGCAUAACGGGUUACUGGGGUAUCAGCUGUAGUGAAACGUGUGAUGUAAGUGGUUGCAAAGGGAGCCAGUGCGAUCAAAGUAAUGGACUGUGUUUGGAAUGCAAGGCAGGAUUAUGGGGAAGUAGCUGUGAUCAAGAAUGCCUAAAUGGGAACUGUUCAGUGUGCUCCAGAUCGACUGGUCUCUGUAUGGAAUGCAAACCUGGCCAUUUCGAUAAAGCUUGCAACAAUACCUGCGAUACUGAAUUUUGUCAAGGUACCACAUGUAACAAAUGGACUGGUGAGUGCAAUGAAUGCAUCACAGGCCACUGGGGAUUAAACUGCGAAAAGUUGUGCAACUCUUCCUGUAUUGAAUGCUCGAAAUUUAGUGGAAACUGUAUCACUUGUAAGACAAACUAUUGGGGAGACGGAUGCGAUCUCGAAUGUCCUCCUGAUUGCUGGGGAGGUUGCGAUAAGUGGACAGGUCAAUGUAAUAGUUGCUGGGAGAGGAAUUGGGGGUAUCACUGCAAUCAAACAUGCACUGAAGAAAACUGUAAGAUCUGCGACCAAUUUAAUGGUCACUGUCAAGCCUGUAAACAGGGUUUUUGGGGCAUCACGUGUGAGGAUAGAUGUACAGACAAGUCUUGCCUGGCAUGCACACGUACAAAUGGUGUAUGCGAAAUCUGCCGUUCUGGUUUCUGGGGAGAGAGUUGCCAGAAAGAAUGUCACUCGUCAUGUGAGUGCUGCAAUAAAGACGAUGGCGCAUGUCUGCCAUGUUCAUUCAAGAAAGAAGUUGAUGAAGAGGAGUUGCUUGAUUAUGUAACUUUAGCUUCUGUUGUUGGUGUUUCUGUCGGACUUGUCCUUGGAGUUGCAUUUCUGAUCAUAUUGUGUCGAUGUUUGUAUGCAAGAAUAAAAUCACCCAGACCAGUUGGCAGACGGGGAUUGCCAUCCGUCCAGUCUUUAAAUAAGGGGAUGAUACUCGAACCGGAAAAGCGUUAUAGUGAGGUUAUCCCUGCAGGCGAAAAUGGAUAUGCUCGAGUUACAAAACAGGAGUAUGUGGACGAAAAUACGUACUAUAAUAUGGAGUUUGAAGUGGUAGUUGACAAUAAGGAAGAAAACAAUGUGAAAUCUGGUGAGGAUACCGAUACAGACGAUGAUUAUAUUAAACCGCCACCAAAACAAACGAUGCAGAAAUUGAAUGGUGAUGCAAUACCUAUGCCAAACUCAAAUACAAACAAUAACGAUGUGGUAAUAUCCGGAUAUUUCGAACCUAUAGAAGUGUUUCAACAGUUAAAGAAAAGUGAAAACAAAAUUGAUGGAAACAACGAGGCAGGAAAAGAAGUUAGCAAUGCCAAAGAAGGUGAAAUAGGUCGUGUAAAUCUUCAAGAUGAUAGACCGACACAAAAUAAGUUGGAGACAAAUGGUCCGGGAAUGUACACAAAUGUUGAAAUAAACAGAUCAGAAUCAGCUCCAUCGGUCAUAAUACCGGCCCGUAAAGAUCAAGAGACUGAAACAUACUCAAACAUUUCUCCGGUGAAGACAGACAAACGUUUCCAGUUUGCACCAGCGGCCUAUGAAGAGCUUCAGUUUGGCACAAGCUCGGGAUACACCGAGAUAGUAGAACUUCCUUAAAGAAUAGCACUAUUCCUGAAAAAAAUAAUAUUGUCUCUGGUACAAGUUUUCAGUGCUGUCAAAUUUACCGACUUCGAUAUUCUUAGAAAUAAAUGAAAUCCUGAGUUACAGUUACAAGAAUUCGACAAAAACCUUUAGUAUAUUUCCAGCAUCUGAUUCGUUAGUUUAAAGUGAAUCUCUGGCAUUUUGUUGUGUUCUCAGAUUGGUUUGAAUAUAACGAACAACAUGAUAGCCGCAAUAAUUUCAGUCGGUGAGUUGCCAACCGUACAGUUUGGGGAAGUUCAAGAUACACGUUUAUUUCUAUAUACUUAAUAUAUUAAUUUAUUUUAAUAUGUAUAGUAAUGUGUAGUAUACUUUAUUCGCGAGUGUAAUUGUGUAUUUUUUGUUUAUUGCCAUAAUCUGGUCACCACAUGAGUGAUUUCUAAUGCAAAUGUGUUUUUAUUUGGAACAAGGACAUCGAAUGACGAAAUGGGUGUGUGUGUGUGUGUGUGUGUGUAUAUAUAUAUAAUUGUAAAUAUGACUACAAAACGCUGAAGACUUGUACAGAUCAUAUAUUCGGUAUUAGUUUUGUUUUGUAGUUACGUAAUUUGAUUUGUUUUUCAGUGAAAUAUAUUUUUAUAGGACUUUUUGUAUGAUGAUUUUAUACAUUUAACUUAAACAUACGAUUGAAUUUUGCACACGAGAAAUAACAAAUGAUGCAUCUGCAAAAAAUGACGUUACUGCUUACCUCCCUUUAUCUUUGGACUUUCAUGGGAUAUAACUCCUACGAGAAUAUUUGAUGUUUUGUAAAUCAUUGCUAUAUGAAUAUAUAUUUAUUUAAUAUAAGGUUUUCUUGCUUUCAUUUGCUAAAAUUUGGUUAUAAUGUUUGAAUUUCUUUAUUCACCCAGAUAUUCAUAUCAAGUGUAUAUCUGAAUCUGAGAAACAAUGGGUUCGUAAUGGCAAUUUCCAAUUUCAGUGCGAUUACAAUUUCUUGUAUGGCGUUCUUCAAUAAUGUGGCUCAAACCAGCACUUGGCUUUACGUUCAUGCUUGAAGAAUGGCUGAAAGCAUGUACAGAAAAUACGUAAUCCAGUCCACUACCGUAAACCAGUAUCAAAUAUUUACAGAACUCCGUGCUGACUUUUAUUUCUUUCAUCAUUUUUAAAAGGUCUCGGGCGUUUAUACUUCGCCCGAAUCACAAUUUCUUUGAUUUACAGAAACACUUUGCAAGCAUGAACUUUUGAAGAGAUAUAUUCAAAACUGGCACUAUAUUUUAUAUUUAUAUCAUACCACUUUAAAGAAAUUUUGAGACGAUUUCAUUGUGUGUUUUGGGUGUAGAGCCGUUUUUCAACACUAUUUCAGAUAUAUAACUUCAGAAACUACGUAUUUUAUGAAAUCGUCACGGAGAACAUACACCUCACCCGGGGAUCGAACAUACGACCCCUUGAUCCGUACAUCUGUGCUCUCCCUAAGCAGGAGGGUAUGACAAGACGAUUUUAUCUUCAUGAAAAAAGGUGAACGAGUCACUGUCAGAGUUUUUGUCGUUAUGGAUAGUGUAUGAAAAACAAAACAUAAUGUGUUGUAAAAUAAAACAAAAUGUGUUGUAAAAUAAAACAUAAUGUGUUGUAAAACAUGA